AUUUGUUGAUCGCCCUCGAUAACAAUAUUGAUUUUUCUCAAAACUAAAAUAAAUCACAUGAACAACCUCCAACAAGUUAAACUGGGGUCAAAGCAGCCAUGGUACGACGUAAAACACCGACAUCAUUCAUAAUCGGUGGGGGUGCUUUACUUCUUCUUUGCAUUACAUACAACCUUGCUCCACUGAGGCACGUCAACAAAGCUUCAUUAGAUGAAGUACAAGAUCCACUUUUCACAUCAGAUAAAAGACAAGAUGACAAUGAUGAAGCAGAUGCAAGUGAAACUCAAGAAGAAGAUGUUCUGUUCAACACACUUGAACAUAUAAGAGAUAGAAAACAGAACUCAGAGACAAAGGAUAUAACAUAUGGUAACAAUGAAAAUGAUAACAAUAUGAAAACAUCAUUAGGAAAUGCACAGACUGGGUCAGAUGACACUGAAACUAAGAUUGACCUCAGUAACAUUAAACCACCAGGCACAAAUGGUUUUCAAAAAGACAAUAUUGCACGUGAAACACAAGAGGAAUCUGGUGAGACUAAUCAUAAAGCAAUAGAUGAAAACAAAUCAGUAAAUGAUGAUAAUGAUGAGACCAAAAAAACAACUCUGGUUUCAAUGCAAGAUAACUUGUUAGAAACAGUAAAAAGUGAACAAGGUACGGGUCUAGAUGAGAAUGACAAUGAAGAUACCUAUGAUAAGGAGACUGAACAUUAUGUGAUAGAAUCUGAGCAGAGCAUUGAGAAAAAGACUGGGAAUAAUGCCAAUGAGACGUACCUUCCAAAAACAAAGAAAUUUCCUGGUUUGAUUAUCAUAGGAAUACAUAAAUGCGGAACAUUUGCCUUGUCAUUUUUCUUACAGAUUCAUCCAAACUUAGUACGAACCCAGGGUCAAGAAAUCCACUUUUUUGACUGGGUAAUGGAAUAUAAAAAAGGACUGGAUUACUAUAUCAGUCAAAUGCCUUUAACGGAUCCCACUCAGAUUGGUUAUGAAAAAACGCCUGGCUACUUUGAUGGAGCAAACCCUAGAGAUAUUUAUAAUGCAAACAAAGAUGUAAAGCUAGCCAUCAUAGUAUGUGAUCCUGUACGUAGAACAAUGUCAAACCACUUGCUAAAGACCUUAGUAUUCAAGAAAAAUGUAACAUACGAGGGAUGUAUCUUACAUGAAAAUGGCACACUAAACACAGAAGGCUGUCCUUACAUCUACAGGGGACACUACGCAACUUAUUUCAAACGGUACUUGGAGGUAUUUCCUAGAGAACAAAUACUAGUGGUAUCUACUGAUGAGCUGAAGACAGAUCCUAUUAGUGUUAUCAAAAAGUUUGAAAUUUUUUUAAACCUCCCAAAAGUAGUGAAUGACAACAUGUUAUAUUUAGAUGAGACUACAAAACAAUUCUGUGUCAAACCACAGUACUGGAGUACAAAAUAUAUGGGGAAAUAUAAUGGCUGUAUGUUACGUCCUGACAAACACCAGGUUCAUCCAGAAAUUCACCCAGAACUGAUUAAGAAACUAACUAAUCACUUUAGGGAUCAAAAUAGAGAGUUUGUACAAAUGACUGGCAAAAACUUUUCAUGGGUGGAUUGA